AAAGCUGGACUCGGAACUCGUUUGAGAAACUGCCGUUAAGACGGAACCUCUCAGAAAAUUACUCAGCAGAGGAUCUGCCAGGUGAAACAUGUUCAAUGCUUUGGAGACACAGAGAGCUGCUGAGUCAUUUCUUCAGGUAGACCUGGCUAUGUUGGAGAGAAAUGCCUAUGGGUGCUGUCCUUCUCCUGGCUGUCUUUCUCGCCCAUGUCACCAGAGCUUCUCGUCUCUCCCUCGCAGGUUGUAAGAACGUCCACUACGAUCUGAUCUUCCUGCUGGACACAUCCUCCAGCGUGGGCAAAGAAGACUUUGAGAAGGUCCGCCAAUGGAUAGCCCACCUGGUGGACACCUUUGAGAUUGGGCCAGACAAAACCCGCGUUGGGGUCGUCCGCUACAGCGAUCAGCCAACCACCGAGUUUGACCUUGGAAGUUAUGGGACUCGGCAAGAGGUCAAAGAAGCCGCAAAGGGCAUCAAGUACCACGGGGGCAACACGAACACCGGAGACGCCCUGCGGUACAUCAAUAGUUAUAGCUUUUCCGCACGGGCCGGCGGGAGGCCGAACGACAACGCCAUCAAGAAAGUUGUGAUCCUCCUGACGGAUGGCAGGAGCCAGGAUUAUGUCCUGAGUCCCGCCAUGGCGGCACAUAAGGCCGGCAUCCGGAUUUUUGCGGUUGGUGUCGGGGAUGUCCUCAAAGAAGAACUGGAUGAAAUUGCUUCGGAGCCAAAAUCGGCUCACGUCUUCCAUGUGUCUGAUUACAAUGCCAUUGAUAAGAUACGGGAGAAGCUGAGAAGACGGCUCUGUGAGA